AUGUUGUCUGCGUCUCAAACAGGAGAAUUAUGCAGAAGUGGCACAGGAAGGGAUAGAGGAAACAUACGACCAACUUUGUUUAAAGGUGCGUACCUGAUUUUAGAAUGUAAGAAGAACAAAAGGGGUUGUUGCAUGAAACAAGUGUAUUCAUUUGGAGCAGGAAAACGUGUGAAACGAGAAAAUCACGAAACAGAACAACCUCUUACCAAGCCUAUGACCGGGAAAGUGAUUCGCAUGACGAACUUAAAAUUUAUGGAUAUAACAUCCUCUCUCUUCCCAAGUUUUUAA